UUUCUUCUCAUCUGCUUUUCAUCUUGCAAAAUGUUUUGUAUAAAUGAAGUUUAAUCAUAUAUCAUAUAUAACAUUAUUUCCGAAAUUACUAAUAAUUAUGCUAAAUAUGUAAUCAAUGUAAAAUAUUAAAUAAAGAAAAUCUAAAUUCGAUAAUCAGAAAUAAUAUAUUAAUAAUUUUUUUUCUCAAUAUUGUUUUUAAAAUAUAAUCUAACAUUAAAUAUUUGAAAAUUUUUUCUUUUAUUCCUUUGAACAAUAUCUAUUUUAUUUUUUCUUCUAAAAUCUAUAUUUUAUAAUCAAAAUAUUAAAUAUAAAUUUUAAAUCACAAAAAAUUUUGAUUUUUUAUGUGUGUUGGAUUUGAAAAUACUUACGCAACUUAUUGUUAAAUUAAACUACAAGUGAAUCUUGGCUUACAAUCCAAGUAUUCCGAUCAGACAAGAAAGACAAGGUUGACGAGUAACAUCAACGGAUAACCUGCAACGGUGACGUUGGUCCGACGAUACCUGUUCGGGAUUAUGAGAACGAGGCGGAUAGUUACGGGAGCAACAGCAGCAGCGGUUCAAGUGGGCGUAAGGGCCGGGAGAGAGAACGUCGUCCUGUGUUCCAUACAUGGCUAUGCUAUGUGGAAACCGAGAGACACAGAGAGACGGACGUACCGGCAGAGUCCCCACCGUGUGGACGCGGCGGAGGCGACGUUUUCUCGACACGAGUGCCCACCGCAUGCUUCAUGCACAGUAUGUGCUAGCACGACGUCGUCGUAUGAUCGUUCUUCUUUUGUGUUUUACGACAUUAUAAUUGAUUUAAAAUCUAACAUUUUUUCGUAACAGACAGAUAUAGUGAAAUUUGAUUUAAAAAAACGAACACGGAAAAUUUUGAAUAGGUUCGAUUAGAAAAUGCACUUGCGAAUAUAUCAUUGGUAUGGGUAUUGUCGCUCCUUUUAUCUAUUUUAAAUAAAAAAAGUGAUAAAUAGCGUAGUCCAGAGCUCAUAGUUUCGAAGUUUAAGCGGGUCCGCGCCUAUGGCCGAGUGACAGUUCUCUUGGUUUGGCGAGCGUGCGAUUGGUCCGCUUGUGCUUACUCUCGUUACGUGUGUUGCCUGCGUGCAACAGGCAACGUGGGUUGGAUGCGUGAGUGCGCCUGCGUAAGGACUACGACGUAUCAGCCGCGUGUGCGUGUGCCGCGCGUGAAGAGAAGCCGCAGGGGCCGCAAAACCCGGAUAAAAGAGACACACAUUGCUAUAGGAUAUAAUUCUACGCCAAUGAGUAACAGUAUCGGUCCGGAAUCACCGACACUCUAAAUCCUACGUUAACUCGGUACCACCUACGUCCAAAUCGUUCGGUAGGAGGUGUUUCAUUGAUGACCAGCUUCGAACGAUCGAGACGUUUGGGAAAGAGAAAGAGGGAAAGUCUCCGACUGGCUUAUUGAGGUGGUUCAUUCAUAUCGGAGAAAGAGUCGAAACAGGAAUAUCAAGAAUUUCAUAAAGUGGGCGCUACCAGAUCACCAACUUUAACAUUCCUUACCAGUUUAGAAUGCUGUGGACGUUUCGAUGCUUGCUAAUUUUAUUGUUAAUAACGAUAGCGUCUUGUAUAGACGCAAUAAUGGAUGGUUUCCUGGAAGAUGGAACGACCACCAACGCAAUCUCGACGACCAUCUUGGCACCGAUAGUCACAACUACAUUUAAUUUAAAUAAAACUGAGAGGACGAUGGUUAAUUUGUCAAAUAUAAAAAGUAUGGACGAAGAAAAUAUUCAAGAUCCAUCCCACGCAUCUUCACCUUCGUCUGACACAAUUUGGGAGUGUCCAAAUAUUACAAAAGCGGGCGUCGAAUGUUCCUGUGACUUUCCACAUACAUUAAGAUGUACCGGUGAUAGAACCGCUUUACAGAUUAUCAAUAAAAAGUUGAAAUUUAGUCGUCCAGGAACGAUUUCUUUACUGGAUGUAACAAUAACAGGAAUUUCUUUAUUACCAUCUCGUUUUUUGGAAGAUGUUGCCUUGCAUGGGCUUGUCGUUUCUAGCGGAGAAUUGAAACGUAUCCAUGAAAAUGCUUUCGUUGGGUUUAUUACACCUCUUCAAGCUCUUGGACUUCCAAACAAUUUAUUAGAUUCUGUACCUACUACAGCUUUAUCGCAUUUGAUCGGUUUAGAAAGAUUGGAUCUGUCUCAGAAUAAACUGAAAAUGUUGGAAGCUGGUUCUUUUAAGGAUUUGUCAAAUCUAACAUAUUUAGAUUUAUGCGACAAUUUAUUAUCACAACUAUCACCCCAAGCUUUUGCUGCAGUACCUUUAUUGCGCUCAUUAAGAAUGCGUGGAAAUCGUUUAAGUGUAUCAGCUUUAUCAGCGUUGAGAGGUCUUAAAAGUUUAGAAGAACUUGAUUUGUCUAAUAAUCUAUUACUGGGUCCAAUGGGGCCAAAUCUUCUUCCUCAAAUGCCACGAUUACGUUUCCUUACUGUUUCUGAAAACGAGUUAAUAAAUGUACAACAAGGAGCUCUUGUAGGUUUGAGAAACUUAACUUAUCUCAGCUUAAGUCAUAAUCAGAUUGAUGUGCUGGAAGAUCAUUCAUUUAAAUAUUUAUCAACUCUUAUUAGACUUGAUUUAGCAAAUAAUCGCAUUGUUGCGGUAUCCAGCGCUUCUUUGGCACAUUUGGAAAAAUUGACAACUCUCGAUUUGACGCAUAAUUUUUUACGAUCUUUGACUGCUGAUUUGGUAGUACCAUUAAAAAGUCUUCAAGAUCUUCGUCUCGAUGAUAACGAUAUUACAAUGGUAGCCAGCGACGUACCAACAUCGAAGUUACGACUCACAAGACUUUCUUUGGCAGAUAAUCCUUUGAAUUGUGAUUGCACGCUUUUAGAAUUUGCCAAUUGGUUAAGCAAUUCUAGCUUAAACGAAGAAGAUAAGUCUUCAGCAGUCUGUGCAACACCACCUGCUUUAGAAAAUGGUAUACUGACGCAAGUUUCUCCUGGUAAUCUUCUUUGUGGUGAACCGACACCACCAAUCAUGACCAGAUUACCUUUGGCAGGAGCUCAAUUAACAUUGAAAGAAUUCCACUAUGACAAGUCAACUGGUAUUAAUCUCCUGUGGCAUGUAGAACCGUGUACAGAACGAUAUACUUGUGAUACUUUAAUUGUCUAUGAAACUAUAGGUGAUACCGAGAAUGAGACAGAUUCUAGUUCUCUUCAUUGUGAUUCACGUAUAAUGAGAGAUCCCUGUUCACUUCCAAUUACCAUACCUGCUUCCUUACAUUUACAAUUAGGCCAUAAAUAUCGUUACUGUGUAGUACUUCUAGUGCCAAAUAGCUACGAUGAUGUUUCCUUAGGUUUGGGUUGUAGCGAUGUGAUAACUUUGGAAGAAUCUAAACGAGAAUUACAACAAGAUCAAGAAAUUGGGAGAAAUUUAGAGACUGUCUCUUCUUUAGAUACUAGAAUAACUGGAGUACAUGUGAAUGUCUCUGAUCAAGGUUUUUUGCACGUCGAUGUUACUUUAUCAAUCUCGAAAAAAUCAAAUUUACCUGAAUGCGAACUGUCUGUGGUUGUUUUUGAUGCUGAAUCUGCAGUUCAUAAACAAAAGUUGAAUUGUAGCUUAACGUUUGUGACAUUAGCUGUAUUAUUGCCUGGUCGUUAUAAAGUUUGUGCAAGUCUUGACGAUGUUAAUGAAGAAGACGUUAUCACAAAUUUUAUAGAUAAUCGAGAUAGAUUACGUUGCGUUGAAGUACAAAAAUUCAAACAAAAUACAGAGUUAAUUGUUUUAACGAUAAUCGGAGCUAGCUGCGCUCUUUUAAUCAUAAUUGCGAUAAUUGGUAGAAGCGUUUUGAAAAGGCUGAGACAUCCUAGGAUACAAACACAAUGUUUCCUACCAGCACAGGAAUUUGAAAUAACACAUAAAGCACAUUAUAUUAAAUUAUUAGCUACAACAAAAGUUUAAAUCAUUUUCAAGUACAAUUCCAUAUUUCUGAUUCUUGUAAAUAAUUACAGCUUAUUAUUGUUGAAUAUUUAAAAAUGUGGGAAUCGAAUAAUUUAUUCGGUUAAAGAAUGUUGUAUUUGAUCUUAUUUUAUAAGAUUAUUUCUAUGAGCUACUUUCUACUAGUCAUAAAAUUGAUAAUUUUAAAUAGAAUAAUAAAUAAUAGAUCAUAAAGAAGAAUUUUAAAAAUAAAUAAUAAUAUAAUAUUAAAUAAUAUUAAAUUAAAUUGAAAAAAGAUAUAAAUUUUAACAAUCUAAUAAUAUUUUAAGCAUUCAGUUUUUACACUGCCAUAAUAAUUUAUUUUAAUUAACAAUAUUUGAAUUUAAUAUUUUAUAUAAAAAAUUAUAAUAAUGUAUAUUAUAAUAACGUUCAUAUGAUUUUAAAAUGUAUUUUUCAUUUAAUAUUUAAAUAUAUGAAAAAAAAAUGUAAAUAUUUUUUAUAAGUUUCAAGAAAUAAAUUCUUAAAUUAUAAAAUUUUUAUAUUAUACAGCAUAUUUAUUGAAUGGUUUUUAUUGUAAUAUAAAUAUUUAGCAUAUGUUAUAUUGUGUAUAAAAAUAAUUUUUUAAAAUUAUGAUAUGCAAAAUUAAUUUACGAAUUAAAUGUAAAAUAUUACCAGAUGCGAAAAAUAAAAAAUAGAAAAAUCAUAAUUUCUCAAUUUUUAGAUUAAAUUUUUGUAAUACUUUAUAAACAUAGAAAUACGAAAAACAUAGAAAAAAUAUUUACAAUAUAUAUUUUUAACACUUAAAUAUAUAAAUAUAUUAAACUUAUACUAUAUAGUACAUAUAGAAAAUUAGAAAAUAUAUAGUACAUAUAGAAAAUUAAAAAAAUUAAAAAAGGAAAAAAAUUGUUAUGAAAAUGUUAAAAAAUGAUAUUGUAGAUAUAUGCAUACUGUGACACCAUCUAACAGCAAACAGAUGGAACUAAUCGUCAUAACAAAAUAAAAAAUUAUGAAUAUCAACUUUUAAACAAAAUUUUUUUAAUUUUUAAAAACUUAAAUUAAAGCUUAAAUUCUCAGAAAUAUUCUAAAACUAUAAAUCACAAUAUUUCUCUUUAUUUAAGAAUUAUAAAUAUCUUUUGAAAAUUAUAUGUUUCUAAUUAUCAAACAACAAAAAUAUUUAAAUAUUAUUAAUUUUUAAGAAUUUAAGUUUUAAUUUGAAUUUUAAUUCCAAAAUUAAAAAAUUUCACUUAAAAAUUGUAUUUUUCUAUUUUUAAUAUUACUUUUAUACAAAAAUUUUAUCUGUUCGUAAAAUUAUGAUCCAUUUUGAAAAUUUUCGUCACUUCACAUCAUUCGUGACAUCACAAUGUAAUUUAUAUAAGUACUUAUGCACGUGAUAUUCUUAAUAAAACUUCAUUUUUUUCUUUCUUUUAUAAUUUUAUGCCAUUGAAUUAUUAAAAUAACGAAUAUGAAUAAAAACGAAAAGAUUCAGUUAUUACGAGAUUCAAUUGCCACUUUUCCUGAUUUUCCUAAACCCGGUGUUCUGUAUCGGUAAGAAAUUGAUUUUAUUUAAUAAUAUUAUUUAAUAAUUUAUAUUAUUAUUAAUUAUAUAUUGAUUAUAAUUAAUCUUGUUAUAAUUUAAAAAGUUAUACAUUCAUGUUUAUAAAAUAUAAUUUAGAACUUUAUUUUUAGUGAUAUAUUUGGUAUUUUCCGCAAUAUUUCCGCAGUGAGGGCAAUGAAAGAUUUAAUAGUGGAACAUAUUUUAUUUCUUGAAGUAGAUUUCAUAGUUGGUUUAGAUUCACGAGGUUUUCUUUUUGGACCUAUAAUAUGCAUGGAAUUAGGAAAACCAUUUUUGCCAAUUAGAAAAAAAGGAAAACUCCCAGGAAAGGUUUUUAAUCGUACCUUUAAUUCAGAAUAUGGAGAGGUCAGUAAAUAAAAUAAAACUCUUUCAUUAUUAGUUAUUUUAAUGUAAUUUUUAAUUUUUAAACAUCAAUUUUUAAUUUUUCAAAAUUAUGUAUUUUGUUUUUUUUUAUCUGAUAUAGGAUACUUUUGAAAUACAAACAGAGCAAAUAAAACAAGGAAGUCGAGUGCUUAUUGUAGAUGAUUUACUAGCAACAGGAGGUAAGACAAUAAUAAUAGAAAAAUAAAUUUUAUUAAAUUUCAGAAAAAAUUAGAAAAAUAAAUUUAAAUAGGUACCAUGGAAGCUGCAAUAGAAUUAGUGAAAGCAGUUGGAGGUGAAGUAAUUGAAUGUUUAACAAUAAUUGAAUUAAUUGGAUUAAAGGGAAGAGAAAAACUUAGUGUACCUGUUCACUCAUUUAUUCAAUAUGAUUCUUAAUUCUAAAAUAAUAUACAUAAAAAGUAUAGUUUUAUGUACAAAGACAAUAUAAAAUACAAUAUUAUCAUUAUUAUUCUAUCAUCAUUAUUCUAUAAACAAAGCAUUUAAAAAAAUAUUUUUGUAACAAAAAUCUAUGUAUAUGACAAUUUUUUAUUAUAAUUCCAUAUAAAGAUAACAUAUUUUUAUAUAAAGAUAUUUUAUAAUCACAAUAUUGUAAAUAUUAUACAUAAAUUUUAUAAUUAUACAUUUUAAUAAGUUCUUAAACGA